AUGUCGGGUGUGAAUAAAAACCAUGACAAAAAGUAUAUUGACUACUAGUAGAGCAUGCUGAAGUUCAUUCCAGUCUCAGUUGUCCAGUAUCUUCUAUCCAAGCAAUAAGAUGAAAGGAGCUUGCCCUAGUGCUAACACUAUAAAACUGCAAUUAUAGUGGCAGAGAUCAAGAAUUUUUAUGAUCAAUCUCACAGACACAAGUUUUUCAACAGUGAUUAAUCUUAUAACGAGCAUCUUGCUAACUUGUCAAACAGAUUUUUGGAGAUUAUGAGCAAAGCGAUUCAUAAGUAUGGAGGAGAUAUUGUUCAGUUUAUUGGGAAUUCAAUGAUAGCUUUAUGGCCAAGAGCAGAUCCCUUGGGUGAAAGCACAUUUGAGGGAAAGGAGGAUGAUGAAACUGAUGCUAAUAUAGCCCGAAAGGCAACAUAGUGUGCGCUAGAUAUAAAGAACGAGAGCCAGAAAAUAAUAUCGCAGAGAACUGAAAUAUUUAUGGGGCUAGGUUUUGGACAUUGUGGAAUAUUGCAUGUAGGCGGAGUUUUUAAAAGAGCUGAAUAUUUUAUAAUAGGCGAUGGAUUGUCAUAAGCUUUGAGAUCUCUAAGAUUAACAAAAAGUUCUGAUUCAGUAAUAAUAAGCUAAAAUAUGUGGAGAGUAGUUGAUAAGUACUUUGUUUGCGAACCUCUCCCUCAAAGUUUUGAAAAUGAAAAAAGCGUAAAGUACUUAUUUGGUCCAGGAAUUAGGUCGAAAUCUAACACCAUAGUUUUAAGAUCUGAAUUUGAGCCUUAUUUAAAACUAAAGCGUGAUACUUUUGGAAAUGAGCACAGAAGAAUUACUGCAAUGGUCUUGAAUCUAGAAAUUGAAGAUAUGUAUCAAAGAGAAUCUUUUACAAUAAUUCAAAAAAUUGUUGAAAUAGUUUAAUAACAAAUAUACAAGCUUGAAGGAUCUUUCAAUAAGAUAAUAUCAUACGAUGGUGGAUUUACAAUGCUAUGUACCUGGGGAAUAAGUCCAAUAUCUCAUGAAGAUGACGCUACUAGGGCAGUUUACACUGCUCAAAACGUCUAAAGAGAAAUCAAAGAAUUUGCAUCAAAGGCGGGUCUUGUUGAUUUUUCUCCCCCAAUACAUAUAGGCAUAUGCACAGGAAAUGUGUUCAUGGGCAUAGUUGGAAAUGAAGGAAGUAGAAAAGAAAUAGUAAUACUCGGAGAACCAAUUGAGAGAGCUUUCCUUUACAUGCAAACAGCUUCCAAGCAUUAUGGAAAGAUUUAUGUGGACUAUGACACAAAGUUGGAAGCUUCUCUAUUUGUAGACUUCAGAUAUGUUGAGCAUAUUGAAUUUGCACACAAACUCACCAAUUGUUCAAUUUUUGAGCCUCAAGAUGCAUUAUAAAAUUAGAAUGACAAAUAUUUUGUAGAUGAGGUUGGGAAGUACUAUAGAAAUGAGUAUCAGCAUAAAUUUUCUCAGAUAUAUGGAUAAAAUGACGUGAUUUCAUUGAUUUUAGAUGAUAUUUCAAUAUAUGCAGCCUCACCUGAGGAUAGUGUUUGGGUAUUAGGCAUUAAAGGAGAACCAGGUUCUGGUAAAAGUUUAUUUGCUAGAAAUUUGAUAUAAAAAGUGAUUGCCUAAGAAAAAAGUAUACUGAAAGUCAGAAAUGAAAAUUAUAUUGAUGCUGCUGAGGGUUCAGGCUUUCCAAAAGUUGCUAUUGUAGAAAGUAUAUUUGGAAUUAAAGGUUUAUAAAGAAAUGGUACUUAAUCUGUCAUAUUUGAAUCUCAAUAGAAUAAUAAUCAAUCUUAUCCCCAGAAUAUUGAAGAGGACAUAUUAUUUUUCCUGCAUGAAUUCAUAUAUGAAGUGAUAUUGAAAUUGAAAGAUGAUAUUUUGUUUUUUAUUGUGAUGGACAAUGUAUCAUUAAUGGACAGAGGCUCUUGGAGAUUGUUUGAUUUGAUUACAUCAGACACAGAUAACUUGAUUAUCAUAAUGUGCAUCUAGAACUAAUCUAUAGAUAACUUAACUAGAUUUAAUUAUAGCCCUAAUCUAUAAAUGAAGAUAUCAGACGAAGCAUAGCAACUCUAUAAGGAAAGAAUUGCUGAAUAUGAAAGAGAGAUUUUCAAUGUAGUUGAGAUGGAACCUAUAACACCAUUUGAUUUAAGACAGAUUUUAAUAGAUUUAGCUGAACAGUAUGAGAGAGAUAUGAAAGAUGAGAUUUAUCUAAUGACCUAAAUCAUAGACAGCAAUAAUUCGAUUAAAACUUAUCAUGGUUAACUUGAGAUUAAGAAUAAGAUGAUAAAGAAGUAUCAAGUUUAUGAUUUCUUUAAAGAAGUCGAAAAAGAAGUUAUUGUAGAAGUUGUAAAAAAAUGCUAAGGCAAUCCACUUCUUUGCAUUUCUUUAGUUUUUCAGCUCUUGACUAAUGAUUUUAUAAAUGUUAAAGAACAAAUUCUACUGUCAACGAACAAGUCUGCAUACUAACUUAUGAAGGCUGCUAGUAUUUAUGGAGAGAGAUUCAGCAUGAAUCAAGUUAAAGAAAUUUUUAUAUUUGAUGAUCAGAAUGUAUAUCAUUUGGAGCUUUUGUUUAGAGUGCUUGAAAAUAGAAAACUAAUUGAAUUAGUCUACAUCGAUUAAAAGGGUGAUAGAGAGGGUUAAAGGAAAUAGAUUCAUCAAAAGAUCAAUGCUUAUCUGCAGGAGAAUAUGAUUUACAAUUGGCAAACAGAUAAUUUGAUGGCUGAGGAAGGAGUUAAUAAUGAGAGAAUACUUUCUUUAAGAGCAAGAUAGGCUCUAGUAAUAAAAAAGGUCAAUGCUUGUAUCAUGUAAAAGUCAAAUUAUGUUAAAAAGGGAGGACUAAUCUUAGAAAAGGCUGCAACUAAUAAUUCUUAACGGUAUGUUAAGUUAACAGUUAAAGGAUUUACCUGGUUCAAAAAUAAGAUUGAAUUCGAAAGAAAUUUGGAAUAAGGAAGUGUUGCUCUAGAUCAAAUUUUGAAAAUCAAUGUACUUAAAAACCCAUAUGCUUAAAGUUAACAGAAAAAUCCCAAAAACCUAUAGCAAAGCCAAAAUAACAUAUCUCUUACCUAAGACCCUCUUAAUAAUUCUAAUAUCAAUAACACGAUUAUUGAUACAAGCAAGAAAGCAUAGCUAUAUACAUUUCAACUGAUCUGUAAUGAAUGGAGCAAAAAUGGGUUUGUAAAUUAGCAGCAAAAAACCCUCACAUUCAUUGCAGGUACUCGUAGAGAUGGAGAGGACUGGGUUGCUCAUAUUGAAUACUUAAGAACAAAGGCAAAUGUCGAUUAAUUUAUGAAUAAAUUCGGCAAAGUCAAGUUCCCUGUAACCUCAUAGUUUGAUAACAACAGUGAUUCCUAAUUUAAAAUAAAUCAAAAGCCAGAUUAUAAAUUUGGUUCUGAAUUCACUAGAUCAGUGUAUGGGAAUCUUUAGAGACAGCAACAAUUGAAUACGCAGGCAUCUUAAAGACAGCUAUAGUAUUCACUCUCCUCGAAGCAAUUCAAGAGAAAGAGUUUGAGAAAGACAAUGGGAAUAGAAUUAGUAAAUGAAGAUGAAAACAAUGACACUGUUCAUAAUUUAAAGUGUGAGUUGCAAGCUUUAUUCAACAUUGUUUCAUUGCAGUUUGUUGGCCAUAUGUAGAAAAAUGCUUGCAAGUUUAAUGAGGAACAUCAGUAAGAUGAAAGUUGUGAGUUAAAUGUAAUUUCAGACAAACAACUCGUUAAUGAAAUCAUUGAGGAAAUGCCUAUUAUAGAAAGAAUUGAAAAUAUAGAGGACCAGAGCAAUAAUAUAAUGAAUCAAAUUAGAAGAGGCACCCUUUUUAACCACAUAAUAAGUGAUUCUAGCAAUCCUAACUUGAAAACAAUCGGCGGUAGAAUGUAGUUUGGAUUUCACAGACUUAGCACCAUUAAGAGGAAAUCUAACAUUAACUUUAGUUAAUUAGAGAGAAUAGCUGCUGAGGUUCAAAAUUAAAAGCAUGACUAAGAGAUCCAUGAAACCAUUUCUUACAAUGACGACGAUUCUCUUGACACAGUGAAGGACUAACUAUUUGAUGAGUAUUGCCCAUAUAGAGAGAUAAAAGUUGCACUGCCCCUAAGAGAUUUCCCUUACUAUGAAGGUAGUUAAGUAGUCCAAUAUCUCUCUAUUAAAAACGAUAUUAAAAAAGACUUCAAUAACUCUAGAUUAAAGAGAAGAAGAAAGCCUAGACUAUAAAAGUUUUAAUCAAUAGAAAAUUAAGAUGGUGAAGAUUAAAAUUCUAUAAAGAAAUAGUAGUAAAGAAAACCAGAUCCAGCAAUGUAGAAAAAAACCUAAGCUAUGACUAAAAUAUUAAACUAAACCCACAAAACCAAAGCCUCAAGAAUAAGAGAUGAAAUAAAGAAUGCUGAAAUAUAGGCUAUCUAACAACUAUAAAAGUAGCAUUAAGAGGAGAGAUAAAAAGAAAAGGAAAGAAGAUAAAUGCAAAACAAAGUCACAGAAUAUGGAUCUUAAAAUAUACUUCGAUCCUAAUAUUCAGUCUCGUAAUUGUAAACAUUAAAAGAGGUUGAUAGAUAAAAAAUUCCAAAACUUAAACACAAAGAUAGUACUUUUUCUAAGAAAAGUCAAAGAGGAACUGAGAAUAAUAGGAAAAUUUUCAAGCCAACACCCUCAGAAAGAUAACUUAACUGGAUAGAGAGAGAUGAGUCAGUUAGAAAAAUAAGUGAGUACAGAAACUUAGAAGAUGAAUCAGCUAAUGAUGAUGAUAAUCAUAACCAAGAUAGCUGCAAUAUAAAUGAAUCAUUGCCAGCUUACGAUAGCAAGAUGACAAGAGAUAAGAAGAAUAAAGUAUCAGAGUCUAAUUUUAAGAGAUCCCCAAGCAGAAAAGCUAAAGAUGGGCAAUAAGCUACAAUGAAUAGCAACUAGCUAAAUUAAUAAUAGAAUAACUAAUCAAUACAACUACUAGGCGUUAUCAAUUAAGAGAAUGUUACAUGGAUUCCUUAAGAUCAGAAUAUAAAGAUAGAUCCCAAGUAAUAUAAACUUAAUAAAGGAGAUAUUAUUGAGAUCGUUAACUAGAUCAAAGAGUUAGGAAUCGUUUUAUGUGCUUUCAAGCUUAAUUUCUAGAAAAUGCACGUUUUUGUUAAAAGAGAUAUGAUAGACAUUUACAACCAGAAUGGGAUGGUUAAUACCACAAUGAACUCGAUGAUUAACAACCUGAGUGCAAUAAAAGAAUUUUCAACUAGCAUGGAAUAACCAUCUAAAAUUAUGAAUAAUAAUCUCACUAAGUCAAUGGCUAAUGAUUAGUCUCUUAUUUCUAGUAAUAUGAUAUAAUUGGAGAAGCAGCUUUCAAAGAGAUCAGACCAUAAUGUAGUUUAAUCGCAGAAUCGCAAUUAGCAGUAAUCUCAUUAGCAAUAAAUCUUGCAUAAUUUUGAGACAUUUAACAACUAUCCAGUUUAAGACUAAUUGAGGCAAGAUGAAAAAAUCAAAAUAAUCCACAAUCAAGAAAAUGACAAGGUAAUAAAAACAGAGUAAUCCUCUGAUAGUUUAAAAUCAAAUUAGGAUGGAGCAUUAAAGAAGGACGGACUAUUAAAACUUUAAGAGAGAAGGAAGAAAAAGCUUGAACAAGCAGUUGCUGAGUAAGCAUUAAAGAAUACCAUAUAAGAAGAAGUUUAAAAUAAUAUUGUGGCAAACGCUUAGAACUAAAAUCUUAAAAUGCUUGAGAGAAAGAAAAAGAGAUAGUAGGAUAAAAGUAUUAGUGAUAAUGCUCCUAUAGAUGAAAGAUUGUCCACCCAAGAAAAUCCUAACAGCUUGGACAAUUAAUGA